GACAGCCUGACCCCCAAAAAGCAACGUCAAAGAGAGAACGAGAGCGAGUGCAUAUCUUCAACAAGCUUCUCGGCAGCAACCGGGGUCCUUCUAGCACUGCGUGGGAUCCGAUCGCAAGGGCUAACGCGUCAACGCAACACCGAGCAGUUUCCCAUUCAACCGGGCCAAUAAAAAACAAGUGUGGCCUCACGUUUCGCGCGCGCAGUUCAACGUGGUCGACACCGGGACGACGUUUGCAACACUACAGCGAGGACUGCUUGCCGGAGACGGAGGGGAGGGGGCAAGGGUCGGACGCGUGGGACCAGCGGAGCUUCGUCGGUGGCGGCGCGAUCCUGCCAAUGGUUCUCAUUCGGCGAAGAUUGACGGCCGUGUGUGUGGUUGGGGCAAUGUGUGCCUCGGCACCGCCACGAACACAGGGCUUCGCUCCACCCGCCAGCUUCGGGCGAACGCACGGAGCCGGAGAUUCUUUCCACUGCGCGGAGCGCCGAUUAGCGGCAACAAGCCUGGGCGAAAGCACGUCAGCGGCGUCAGCACCGGGGCGGCGUGAACGCCGAGCGGCAGCAGCGGUUUCGCGCUAUAGCAUGGCGUCCAGCAGCCGAAAGGCGGCGGCAAGGCCGGGGGUAGCGGCGAGGUCGGGAGCGGCGAGAGCGGCGGCGGCGGCGACGCGAAAGCGGGGCCGGGAUAGGGUGCCUCAGUCGUCAUCUAGCGCGGGGGCAGCGGUUAAGGAUAGGGCCGCCACUGACGUGGGGGCAGUAGACAAGCAAUUGCGGGCUAGGGGGGCAGGCUCGCAAGCAAGAGCACCAACAGUAGCUGCGAUGGGAGGAGGAGGACGCGCUUUGGCAAACCCGCCGCCGCCGGCGAAGGGCUUCAGAAGAAAAAACAGCGGCAGCGGCAAGAAAAAGAAAAUCACCGCCGCCGCCGCCGAAUCGAAGGCAGAUACGGCGGGAGGAGUUGCACCACCUUCGAAGGAAGUUUCGCCUUCCGUCCCCGCGAAGACUGUCUCCGCCAUGUCGUCGUCGUCGUCGUCGUCGUCGUCGUCGUCUGACGCUAACCCCCUCAACGUGUACUUCAAGACCCUCAAGAAGAUCAAGCUGCUGAAGCCCGACGAGGAAGUUGUCCUUGGGCGACAAAUCCAGAGGGGCCUCCAGCUCGAGCGCGUCCGAGAUCGUCUCGAGACCGCCCACGGGGCAGCCCCUUCUUGCGAGGAGUGGGCCUCGACGCUCCACCUCACCAAGGACGAGCUGCUGCGGGAGCUCGCUGUCGCGGACGAGGCCAAGGAGCACAUGAUCUCGGCUAACCUCAGGCUCGUGGUGAGCAUGGCGCGCGGCUACCGGGGCCGGGGGCUGGCGUUCCCGGACCUUAUCCAGGAGGGCACCAUGGGCCUGGUGAAGGCGUGCGAGAAGUUCAACCCGGAGAUGGGCUUCCAGUUCUAUACGUACGCCCAGUGGUGGAUCAAGAAGAGCAUCUUGACGGGCAUCGCGAACCAGAGCCGAGUUAUUCGUUUGCCCACUCAAGUGCACGCCUUUCUGAGCUCCAUCCGGAAGUACACGUACGAGCUUACGGUGGAUGGUAGGGUGCCUACGGACGAAGAGCUCGGCGACAAGCUCGGGGCCACCGUCGAGAAGAUUCAGCACUACCGUCAGGCGGCCCUGCGUACAGACAGCAUCAGCCUCGACACGCGUGCUUCGAACAAGGUGUCCGACGGUGCCGCUGACGACCUGGGGACCCAGAUCGGCGAGAAGAGCACCCCCAACCCGGAAGACGCGACGCAGGCGUUCUACAUGAAGGGGAAAGUGACGGCGCUGCUGGCCACGCUCAAAGACCGGGAGCAAAAGGUGGUGCGAGCGCGCUACGGCCUCGACGGUGCCACCUCCAAGACCCUCGAAGAGAUCGGUCGGGAUCUGGGGCUCACGCGCGAGCGCGUGCGGCAAAUCGAGUCGAAGGCGCUCUCCAAGCUUCGGCAGCCGUACCGCAACUAUCGCGUCCGGGAGCACAAGGUCGGCCAGAUAUUCGUGGACGCGGGACUGCGAGAACCGGCCAGCGAGGCCGUCGCGGCGGCGAGGGCGCUGAUCGCGGAGGCGGAGGGCCUGGAGGCGAAGCAGCGGCAGCCGGCGAGCGGCGUGGAGAAGGGCGGCGCCGCCGGCCUUGCCGCUGCCGGGGACCGGCCGCUUAAGAUCGAGUUCAAGGCCGGCGUUGACGCGUCCGAGUCGACGCAGGCGGUGGAGGCGGUGCUCGUGGCGGCGUUGGACCGAGCACCGGCGACGGACGCGGUGCCUGCGAGACGGGAGAGCGGGGGCAAGAGCGGCAGCAAGAAGGCGGCGGCGGCGGCGGCGGCGGGGGCGCCUUCUAAGCGAAAGGCCGAUGAGGUGAAGGUUUGCGGCCACCCGGCGGACGAGGUGACGAACGGGCUGGGGGUAGCAGGGUUGGAGAAGGCCUGCAGGGUUGUGGCGGGGUUAGAAUUACCCGCUCUGGCCGUCACUCCGGCCGGUAAGCUAGACGUGGAGUCCAAGCGAAGCUUAGAGGAGCGGGGGGAGCCCACGCACGUGGGCGCUACUAUUAGGCUAGGUGCAGGGCUGGACAAAGCCGGAGGGGGUGACGCAAACCCCAGCGACGGGGGGAGGAAGUCGGACUCGUCCGCCGCGGCUGCGGCGGCGUUGCUUUCGGCAGAGGAGCAGCGAGCGCUAGAGAUCGAAUCCAAGCGCAAGUCGCUCAACAAGGCGUGGAACAAGAAGUCGGAGGCUGCGGUGGACAGGCUGGAGCGGGAGCUGGCGCAGUCCGCCGCCGCGCUGGCCAUGCUCGAGGGGGAGCAGGAGGAGUGGGAGCGGAGCGUCGGGAGGGGCGUAGAAGAGAAGUCGCUUAGCCUGGCUUCGUUGUAGCGGGCGAAACGGCUGAGCCGCACCUUGUGUCCUUUCGUUGUACCUUUUUUUGGCCGGGGGGAGCACGGCAAUGAAAACUGGUUGCUCUUUUUCCCUUAUUAUUAGCUGUGUUUUUGUCUGCAGCAUCGACGUACCCAGGGGCCUCCAGCGCAUGAUGAUUUUGUUUGUUGUUAGAGGGUUUGUUCGGUUUUGACUAUCUUUCACGUUCGAAUAGAGUGGUGAGAGUUGAAAGCAGAUGGAUGGUGCAUGGUAUCGCGAGUACCUCUCCGCGGUGCGCCCCCCUCGCUCUCGCCUCCCUUUUUGUUUCCACGUUGAAUUUUCCCGGAUGAACAGUUACGGGUUAUGGGUGCUAUCUUUUUUUUAGUCUGUGCUAGCUAUCUCGAAUUAUGAAUGGAGGAACGUGAUUGCAGAUCACUGUUUGGGAGGGUCCCUAAGCAGGGGAGCUUCUAAUUGGUUGUUUUGUUCUAUUAAAUCAUACAACGAAUGCUGCUCGUGCGUGUGGAGCGUGGGGCACUGUCGGACACGAAAAUCUGGACUUUUUAUCAAUGUCUCAUUUUGAGCGAAACAGUGUCUUAAACGUGUACCAUGGUAGGUAUGCCAGCGCUGGCGGGCUUGCUACGAUUCCUGGGUGCCACGAUUGCCACGAUUUUCGGCACGACCCCGAAGCGCUGUUGGAGGUAAAUCUGAGGUCGGGGCUCGAGCAAGAUGUAUCGUUCAGCGAUGCAUU